CCUCCGCACUCGUCAGAAAUGCAAAUACUGGAGCCUCACUGCAGACCUCCCGCCUCAGUAGCCCCGGAGGUGGGACCCCGACAUACGCGUCUUAAUGAAGCGCUCAAGGUGAGGCAGCGAUGCGCUAACGGUCCUGCGCCACGAUAUCCCUGCAGCCUUUCCGCUCAGCGGCCCUCACCCAGCGGCAUCACCUGGGGAGGGAGCAUUUUAGAAACGCAGCAUCUCGGGCUGCACCCUAGAUCUGCUGAAUCAGAACCCGCACUUAAACAAGAUCCCAGGACAUUCGAGUCUGAGACGCCUCGUUCUAUAUGACCGUGUCUGAAUAAUAUGAUGAGGACCUCUUCGCCACUAGGUCUUGACUACGCUAACCAGGACUGCCCGUGCCGUUUCAAGCUUGGACCUCGGCAGCACAAGGAAAUGGAGCUCAGCGGUGUAUAGCGGAAAGCUUAUGGACAGGCCCACGUCCCUGCAUUUAGGUGCUAAGAGAUGGUGCUUGUGGGGCUCAUCUCUGCCUAAGAAUUGGGUGCUCCAGGACUGGAAGAGCCAGCUCUGAUCCUGGGCUCCCUUCUUGAACAAGCCUUCACUUCCAGCCACUCCAGUCCAACGGUCAAACGACUCAUUCUCUCUUAAUGAUGGGUAUUGGGAAGAACACUACGUCCAAGUCCAUGGAGGCUGGGAGUUCCACCGAAGGCAAAUACGAGGACGAAGCAAAGCACCCCGCUUUCUUCACCCUUCCGGUGGUGAUAAAUGGGGGUGCCACAUCCAGUGGUGAACAGGACAAUGAAGACACCGAGCUGAUGGCGAUCUACACGACAGAAAACGGCAUCGCAGAAAAGAGCUCUCUGGCCGAGACCUUGGAUAGCACUGGCAGUCUCGACCCCCAGAGAUCGGACAUGAUUUACACCAUAGAAGACGUUCCUCCCUGGUACCUCUGUAUAUUUCUGGGGCUGCAGCACUACCUGACGUGCUUCAGUGGCACGAUCGCGGUGCCCUUUCUGCUGGCCGAUGCCAUGUGUGUGGGGUACGACCAGUGGGCCACCAGCCAGCUCAUUGGGACCAUUUUCUUCUGCGUGGGAAUCACGACUUUGCUGCAGACAACAUUCGGAUGCAGGUUACCCCUGUUUCAGGCCAGUGCUUUUGCAUUUCUGGCCCCUGCUCGAGCCAUCCUGUCUUUAGAUAAAUGGAAAUGUAACACCACAGAUGUUUCAGUUGCCAACGGAACAACCGAACUGUUGCACACAGAGCACAUCUGGUAUCCUCGGAUACGCGAGAUCCAGGGGGCUAUCAUCAUGUCCUCACUGAUUGAAGUGGUCAUCGGCCUCCUAGGCCUGCCUGGGGCUCUGCUGAAGUACAUUGGGCCCCUGACCAUUACGCCCACGGUGGCCCUCAUUGGCCUCUCUGGUUUCCAGGCAGCGGGAGAGAGAGCGGGGAAGCACUGGGGCAUCGCCAUGCUGACAAUUUUCCUAGUAUUACUGUUUUCUCAAUAUGCCAGAAAUGUUAAAUUUCCUCUCCCGAUUUACAAAUCCAAGAAAGGAUGGACUGCAUAUAAGUUACAGCUUUUCAAAAUGUUCCCUAUCAUCCUGGCCAUCCUGGUGUCCUGGCUUCUCUGCUUCAUCUUCACAGUGACGGACGUCUUCCCUCCUGACAGCACCAAGUAUGGCUUCUACGCGCGAACGGAUGCCAGGCAGGGUGUGCUCCUCGUAGCCCCAUGGUUUAAGGUCCCGUACCCAUUUCAGUGGGGACUGCCCACCAUCUCCGCCGCUGGUGUCAUUGGCAUGCUCAGCGCAGUCGUUGCCAGUAUUAUCGAAUCUAUCGGGGACUACUACGCCUGCGCCAGGCUGUCCUGUGCCCCACCGCCUCCCAUCCAUGCAAUAAACAGGGGGAUUUUCGUGGAGGGUCUCUCCUGUGUUCUCGAUGGAAUAUUUGGUACUGGGAAUGGCUCUACUUCAUCCAGUCCCAACAUUGGAGUUUUGGGAAUUACUAAGGUCGGCAGCCGCCGCGUGAUCCAGUACGGAGCCGCCCUCAUGCUGGCCUUGGGCAUGAUUGGAAAGUUCAGCGCCCUCUUCGCCUCGCUUCCGGAUCCUGUGCUUGGCGCCCUCUUCUGCACGCUCUUCGGCAUGAUCACAGCUGUCGGACUCUCCAACCUACAGUUUAUUGAUUUAAAUUCUUCCCGGAACCUCUUUGUGCUUGGAUUUUCAAUCUUCUUUGGGCUCGUCCUUCCAAGUUACCUCAGACAGAACCCUCUUGUCACAGGGAUAACAGGAAUUGAUCAAGUGUUGAACGUCCUUCUCACAACCGCUAUGUUUGUAGGAGGCUGUGUAGCUUUUAUUUUGGAUAAUACCAUCCCAGGCACUCCAGAGGAAAGAGGAAUCAGGAAAUGGAAGAAGGGCGUGGGCAAAGGGAGCAAGUCACUCGACGGCAUGGAAUCCUACGAUUUGCCAUUUGGCAUGAACAUUAUUAAAAAAUACAGAUGCUUCAGCUAUUUACCCAUCAGCCCAACCUUCAUGGGCUACACGUGGAAAGGCCUCAGGAAGAGCGCGAACAGCCGGAGUUCAGACGAGGACUCGCAGGCCACGGUAUAGCCGUAGCUUACCCUGUGGCCUGGCCGCAGUGAGGCAUGAAUCUAGUUCCUUGCUGAGUAACAAGCAGUAACAUAUAUGUUUGUAUAUCUGCAUUUCCAUCCUGCACCCCAGAGCUAAGACAGAUUGCAAAUAGCUUCUUUGUUGUGGUGGUGAUCAUGUCUAAUAUGGUGUCUGCCUAUCUCUUUAUUUAAGUCCUGACCCCUUGCCCUUGAGAGUGUCUGCUGCUGGCCGUGGUCACUGAAUUUGAUAGUUCCUGUCCUCCUGUGGGAGUGGAUGUUUGAAAUCCACUGCAAUUGCUUGUUUUCAGUCCCCUUCCACUACUCCUAGCUUUCCUAUAAGCCACCUCCGGGGUCCAGGGGCUUUCUGUCCUGGAAGCACCUGGACCUGCUAGUUUUUUAUUUGACCUUGACCCAAACUGCAGAGACCUCCUGUGGUCAAGGAGCAAGUAUCUGCGCCUUGUCCCAACUGACAGGUCAAAUAUGGUUCUGUUUUCCCUGAUACUCCUGUAGAAGGAGGCUGUUGAUCUGAUUGAAAACAGUGAUAUGGUUACUAUGCCCAGAUUUGUGCUUGGGUAAGGUCUGUGCAGAUCGUAUUAGAUUGGGAACCUGUUUGGGGGAUUGGAGGGGAAGGGGAAGGACCUGAAGUCAGUAUCUGAUCCUCAACUGCUCCGUCUCGGUGCCGCGCUGGCCCAGGGUGGGCCAGCACAUUUCAUAUUGGCCUGUUUUUCACUAGUAGCUGAGACACUAUCUGGCAUUUAUCACCCCUGGCUGGUGCAACAGGUAUAGAGUACCACACAAGGGCACCAGCCAGAUGUUUAUGGGAGUCUUGGCUCUGCUGUCAUGUGGAUGUCAGUUCUUGUUGUGUAUGUCUAUAAAUACAAGAUUUUAUUCCUAUUUAAUGUUAUUGACUAUAGCAGAUUUUUGAAAUCAGUGUUUUUCCAUGUGACCCUCUGACCUUGCAUCCCUAUUACUUGUGCUCCACCCUCUCCCUCCCAUUAAGGAAAGAACCAGCAUUUGUAGAGCUGUGGACACCAUCAGGGAAGCUUGUUGUCAUGGCUUUUGAAGGCCAGUAACCAUUCUUGUGGUUGUGUUUUGUAUUGCUUGACACCAUGAAAGUGUAAAUACUGUAAUGCCUAACCUAUUUAUCAAAACUGACUACUGGACCAGAGCCCAGAAACCAUGGGGUAUGUUGUACGUGAAUUUGUUUCGUGAAGAAGGGAAGCCAGGGCAGGUAAAAAAUAGAGCCGCCAUAGUGGAUGGCCUGGCAUCCUGGUAAAUUCAUCACCAACAGUUCUGUUGCAAGUUAUUUCCGGCAGUUAAGGCUUAAGGAGACUUUCUGUGGGUUGCCAUGUUGCGUGUCCACUGGAUCUUGCUUUUGCAGAUGGGAAGAUGAGCUCUCCUGGCCAAAUGCUGCCUUUCUUGUUUCAGUUAUUUAUUGCACAAGGUGGUGGAAAGGCAGCCACCAGGGUCCCCUCUGUUGAGUUCUAAUUAAAUAACACUAAAUUCUUUCGGGGGGGGCGGGGGGGAAGGUUACUAAAGUUGAAUUUGGUUUGAAAUUUUUCAGCCAAAGGGAAAGUCUGAGACAUACAGUAGUGAGCUCGCUUCCUGAGGUCGGGCUUCCUAAGUGUGCGUUGACCUGGUUGAGCAGUUGAGACUUGGACAGCAGUGGGCAUCUCUGUCUCCCAUCAGUGGGACGUGGUUCUGGUCUCAGCAGCCUAGUGUCCACAGGGUGCAUCUUCUGCCCCGUGGCUGCCUCUGCGGCACCGGCAGCAGCAUCGUGUCACUGCAGCCUCCUUGGCUCCUGGAAAGUUGGGGCUUCAAGACUUGUUCUGGCAAGAACACUUCAGAGCCACUUCAUUGUUUGCCAAGACCUUAAACAGAAUAAGAACUUAGAUUGUAAAUUACAUGUAAUUUUGUAUGUUACUUUUUUUUUAAGUGUAUUUGAUGCAUAGUUUAUUUCGAAGCACACUGGUUAAGGAUGGCCAUCCCUUUAGCUUGGUAAGCCCUCGAGGCUGACAGCCCUCCUAGACUGAGUUGCUCUCAGUUCCUUCUAUUGCUAUUUUUGCUCAGCAUCUCCAGUUUCUCAGCUCUGAAAAAUGAGGAAAGCUGUUACACAUGUCAGAGAUUUGUAGUAUUCUAGCUCUGUAGGUAAGCAGAAGGACCAGAUACUCAAAUGAAAGCAUCUGAACAAUCAGUAAUUCAGAAACAAACAUGUCCCCUUCAGCCUAGUAACCAGCGGGUAACACUCAGGAUACGUAUGUGCUUCAGACAUCCAGAAGCCCACUCCCUUCUGAAACCCCUCCUUGAGUCAGGUUUUAUUAGGAAGUUUCAAGUCUGCUGGUCCAGGGGGUGUCUGCAAGCAUUCACAUGUGGAGGGAAACCCUGUACCCACGCCACCUGUUGGAAACAGGGUUUUUGCCCUUCUUUCGCUGGGGCCAACUUUAGAUUCUCUGUCCAAGGGCAGCAGUGGGGGCUGAUGGAAGGGGACAGGAGGCGCGGAUGAAAGAGGGCAGCCUGACUAGAGGCUCCUUUGAGUCUGGUACUUUCUGUGCAGCCUGUGAAACUCACCUGUGCUUGAGUGGUUGGAGUCUCAUGAUAACUAAUAAAUCUUGUACGUGCAGCACCCACCAACCAUUUCAGGAAGUGGUCCUCCUGCUAGCAACUAUGCGACAGAAUGAGCCUAAUUGAAAGAAAACUGUGUUCAUCUGCUUCUUGGGUUUAAGCACACCACCUGGAGGGGAGGUUUUGCGAGACGUGGUACCCAUGCGUGGUCUGUCCCUGUUCACUUCCCACUUUUAACUGUUGGCCUGUGUUGCUGAGGCUACACACCCAGCCUGCUUUGUUUGACCAGUAGAAUGUUUUAAAAUAUUUUAUAUGUAAAUGCCCCUGGGCAGGGCGUUCAGUCUCCAAUUUCCACAGUGGCCACCUACCCACCAUCUUUACAUUUACGCAAGCCAUCCUGAUGUGCAAAGUAAAUUGAAAGUGUAAGGACAGUAGGUGCAGCCGUAUCACAGUAAGGAGUAGAUAAGGGAGACCUCCAGCACUGGUUUUGAUAAAAUACCUAACAUGGUUCACAGAAUGAUGGGCAGUGGCUCCAGUCUUCGUAAGCAGUUUUCAUUUUCAUUUUUACUAGGGAGUUAAACUUAGUAUCGUUGGUACAGAAUCUUAAGAGGGUUUCAAAUGUCAACUUUUAGUUAAGUUUCUUAUGAUGGAUCAAGGCAAGAGAAGUGGCUUAACCAGGUCAACUAGAAUGAAGCAUCAUGGGUCCUGAUGGUUUCCCAUUUUCAUGAUAACAAAUUCACACACAGGAUUUGCUUUAUACUGUAGAAUACUGACUUUCAUGAUGACAACUUGAUUUAUGCAUGAAUAUUACAGUAUUUCCAUAUAGUAAAAUAACAUUUCUACCCAGGAUAAUAGUCACAGUUUUCCAGGGAGGGAAUGAUAUGAUUUUCAUGACAAUGUCAUGUGAUGAUAGAAUUUCUCCAUUGAUGAAUCUCUAGUAUGUGUGUAUACUUUAUUUACCCAUGCAUAUAUUUUAUGACCAUAAGCUAAGUUGUUAUUUCUUUAAUUCAUGUCCCUGCUGAAAUAUCGGUACUUAGCAACUUAGACUUGAAGUUGGCAACUAUAAUCUUCCUUAAUAUCAAUGCCACAAGAGUGGCCAGGCCAGAUGGGAGGUGAAUAAGGAGCUGUGGUGGGAGCCUCAUUCCAGAACCUGCCUGGCACAAGGAGAGGCAGCAUCCUGCAGGCCGCUGUGCUUGGGGUGUGCACUCAGGCCUGGCGUGGUUGUCGCUCGAGGCCCGGUGCGCAUGCUCAGCCACGCCCUCUUGACACACGUGGUCAUGCGCAUUGGCAGGGAGCUGCCCCUGGGCUUCAGAGAAGAGCCUGUAGUUUCACGUGCUGCACGUGUUAUGCCCUGUCCCCUUGGGAUUUGGACACGGGGAACAGGACGUCUCCCACCCUCCACCCCUCCUGCAGUCACAGCCUGAGUAGUGCAAGAAGACCACCCGUUUUUGCCAGUGUUCAGUUUCCACCCAUGGACCCAGAAAGCACGUUAGCGCUGGGAAUCCCUUUUCAGCAGCCUCACACACAUUCCUGUCCUAGGUUGUUGUUGACUGUGCCUCGUCAUCACUACAUAUGUAACUUUCAGCAUCCUUAGAAUUCCUGUGUGUGUUUCCCAGCACUUAGUACACCCUUCCCAGCGUGGCCAUCUUACUGGCAGUUCAAAUUAAUACCGUUUUGGGUUUUUUUGUUUAUAACAACCUUUGUUUGACAUAUUAAUAAAUUUCUGACUGUUCUUAAAACAGUGGGGAUGCCUAUAUUUUCCUUGAGUUUUUGUGACUGACUUUGGCUAUGUACCUUUCUGGGAUUUUUUUUGUUUUUUUUUUUGUUUGUUUUGAUUUUUUUUUUUUUUUUGCAUACCAAGGGUAUUUGGGUGGGGUUGUUUUUUGAGAUGUGUAAUUCUUUUAUGGAGUUUUUAAAAAGAAUUUUCAUAUUGUUUUUCUAACAUGGCUUCAUUAAACGUUUAAGUAUUUUAAAAAUAUGUAAUAUUUGGACCAGAUGUUGUGAAUAAUAGUAGAGAUAAAGCUAUUUUAUUCUGUAUUUUUAAAACUGUUCCGUACAAAUAAAAGCUCUUCUGGACACAGUU